AAUCUGACCCACCCACCACUUAGAAUAAAACUGUGGUCUGUCUCCCUUUCUCUACUUAACCUAGAACACGGCGGAGACCGGUCUCUGACUCAACAGCGUACAGUUUUGAAGAAGGAACUGACCAGUGCGGGGCAGAAGAAGAGUGAAAUCUUAAUGUUCUAAUAAAAGCAAAGGAGAAACUCCCUUUUUGUUACUUCCUUCUCUAUCUCUCUCUAGUGUCUUACAAAUGAAGAUCUUAGAGGCCAAUGCUGGUGCACUCACAAAUUUUGAGGUCCUUGAUUUCUUACGAGCCAAAGGAGCUUCCAAGGAUCCAACAAGGGUUAUUGCCAAAGUAGCGCAGUCUGAAUACAAGCAGGUUUAUGAUUAUUUGGUUGACACUCCUGCCUCUAAUCAAACAAGAGAGAGCAUCAACGAGUUUUUGACUAGUAUUAAACGGCAUGACCUAGCAAAAGCCGAGGUUCUGAACAUAUUAAACACUAGGCCAACUGAAGAUGUUGAAUUAUUCCCUAUCAUAGAGAGUUGUGAGAAGCGUUUUCCAAUAGAUGAAGAGGUGGCCGAAAUAGUAGAGCUGGUGACAAGAACAUUGCCGCCACCUCGCAAUAUGAAGCAGGAAGAAAUCACCAAGGGUGACGAAGAAACUGCUACACUGAAAAAUGAGAACGAUGAGGUUAUUGAAGAUCCCAUGGACACAAGAUAACACAAUUAAUUGGGUGCUAUUCAUAUAAAAUUGCAUCUUAAUUUUAUGUACAAUUUUAUUUUUGUUAUCUCUCUUUAUCAUAUUAUAUAAUGUAUAAAUUUAUCACUUUUACUUU